AACUCUGAAAGCGCUCAAUCAGGACUGGAAACUCACAGCAUCCUAACAUCAACAAAAAUGAAGUACAUUAGCGUGUGUGUUGCUGCCACAGUUAUCAUUGCUUGCCUUUGUAUCUUGGAGACAUCAGCUCUUCCUCUCGCUGAGGUGGAUGAACCAAGCAACAAUGAAGUCCUGCCUGAGAUGGAAUUAACUGAGACAUCACAGGAGCAGCCUUCAGUGGAUGAACCAAGCAACAAUGAAGCCCUGCCUGAGAUGGAAUUAACUGAGACAUCACAGGGGCUGCCUUCGUACUUCAGAGUGAACCAGAGCCGUCGUUGCCGGAUCUGUUGCAGCUGCUGCCCCGGCAUGCGAGGCUGUGGAACGUGCUGCAGAUGGUAA